GCAGGCACAUCACCACUUCCUGUUUCUGUAAUGAUGAGGUAUAUGUCGCGUUUCACUAAUGUAAGCGUGUCACUCUAGCAACAUAGUUGUCCAGUAUCAAAGUUUUGUUUCAGAAAGCUCAUAUAACGAAAGAUGGCUUAUUUAACAAACAACCCCGCUGAUGAAAACAGGUACUUGUGUAUAUAUCCAGCUUACAUUAACAGUAAAAAGACAUUAGCAGAGGGUCGAAGAAUACCAGCUGAGAAGGCUGUGGAAAACCCUUCCUGUGCUGAAAUCAAGGAUGUUCUAACUGCAGCAGGAAUGAACGUCAGAGUUGAGAACAAGCUGUAUCCAAGGGAAUGGAAUAGAGAUGUACAGUUCAGAGGAAGAGUGCGAGUUCAAAUCAAAAAAGAGGAUGGAAGUUUGUGUCAGGAGAAAUUUACCUCUAAAAAAGAUGUUAUGUUCUAUGUGGCCGAGAUGAUUCCAAAGUUAAAGACAAGAACACAGAAAAGUGGAGGAGGUGACACAGGAGCACAACAAGGAGAAGGAGGGAAGAAAGGAAAGAAGAAGAAGAAGUAGCUGUAUGCCCCUGAAGAUCCUCUAUUCAUACAAACGUGAACAUUUAUUUUACAGUUGUUCAUGAGUCUCUUGCAUGUCUUGUCUAUAUAGAAACACCAGGCCUUAACAGUUCUGUUGGUCACUUGUUUCAAGUUUGUGGACAUUAUCAAUUUCCAUCAUAAAUGAAACCCAAGCAGCAACAGAAUUUUAUUUUAAACCUCUACAUUUCUGACGUUUUAUUGUUUUAGUUAUUACAGAAUUGUUGUUUCAUAUGAAAGCAAACUGUUAAGCUGUUUGUUGAUGUAACAAUUGGAAACAGUUAAGCUUUAGUUGUGUGUCAGAAAUUGUAGAGUAAUUUUUCAUGCAACAAUGAAUAUUUGUCCUUGUCAGCAACAAAUAAAAAUGAAAUGCGUCAA